AUGGAGAGAGUGACAAACUUCGCAUCCGCAAAACCAGUGGUUAUCUUCAGCAAGAGCACUUGCUGUAUGUGCCACACCAUCAAGACUCUCUUCUGUGACUUUGGGGUGAACCCGGCUGUCCAUGAGCUUGAUGAGAUGCCUAGAGGAAGGGAAAUUGAGCAAGCACUGUCAAGGCUUGGAUGCCCAACAUUGCCAGCUGUGUUCAUUGGUGGUGAACUUGUGGGUGGAGCCAAUGAGGUGAUGAGUCUUCACCUUAAUCGUUCCUUAAUCCCAAUGCUUAAACGUGCUGGAGCAUUAUGGGUUUGA